AUGUCCAUGACUGGCCGAGUUCUCCGUCACAACAAGAAAUUAGCAAAGUCUAGAUAUUCUCCGUACACAUUAGGGACGAAAGAGAAGCAGAAGCAGGAGCAGAAAGAGGAGGCUGUACGACUAGGAGUUGAGCUCUCUCUCUUUCUGGCUGAAGCAAUGUUCCUAUUAUCUGAUGACAUACGUUCUAUGUUAUAUGUGUUUGAAACAUAUAUCAAACCCAAGAAUGGAGUUUAUCAUGAUGGUGGCAAAUCAAUCCAAUGGGAACAAUUCAAAAUGUCCUCCUAUUAUUUUGCUUUUGGAGUCAGAAUUUUGGCUCGCAUUGUUUCGGUUCUCAAAACUGGUGGUCUAGUGAAACCUUCUGGUGUUGAACGAUACAAACAAGAGCUUAAGACGCUAGAGGAGAAUUUGAGUUAUGUCAAGGAUGUAUCAAAGGCGAAUGGGUUUGCGAGAGAAGCUAUAGAGUCCAAGAUUUUGCACUUUUGGAAGUCUCUCUUUGAAACAACGUCACCGGAAAUGAUAAACCCUAAUAAGACUAUAGUUCUUGAGUUGUUUACGCCUCUUUUGAACGAAGCAAGUCGUGUUGCUUGCUCUCGUCGCCUUACUUCUUUACGCAUAUGA